UCAUGAUUCAUGACAGAUGUUUGAAUUUGAAUUGUGUUAACUUUUGUAAUCGUUUGGAAAUAUUUUUCAAAAUUUCUAGUAAGUUGCACAUUGAAUAGUUCCAUGAACAUCAUACAAAUCAAAACAUUAAAAAUGCACGAUGAUAACAAUUAAUAUCUGGGUGGAUUACUUCUUUGCUGUACUACUUAGAGUUGGAUUAUGGGCGUUGUUUUUGGAAUUAAAUAACUUACCUCCAGUCAUUAGACAUAUAGAUGAAGAAGAGCUAUGGUACUAUCGAUAUCCAUCAUUGGAUAGUUAUGUUCCAACCCUUUACUUGUACUUCAUAAUGAUACUUGUACCAGCUUUUAUACUUUUUAUGCACUACUUAUGCAGUUAUAGAGAAGAAAGGACGAUGGCCGAUAUAAUAAACUGCGUCAAUGGGCUUACACUUGCAUAUUGCCUUAACGGGUUGUUUUCAAGCACAAUGAAACUGACCAUAGGAAGGCCAAGACCCAACUUCUACUUCCGAUGCUUUCCAGAUGGCUACGGUAGCGACCUGGACAAAUGUGUCGGCGCAUAUCAUGGUCAAAUGGACGGCAGAAAAAGCUUUCCAAGUUCUCACUCAUCAUUCGCCUUCACUGGAAUGAUCUACAUGAUGCUGCACAUUUGCAAAUACUACGACUUUAGGAGGCCAAGAGCUUUCCGGGGCUGCAUAGUUGUUUUGACUGCGUUGCUGCCGCUCUCUGCUACUUUGAUAUCAGCUAGCAGAACGGCUGAUUAUCAUCAUCAUUACUCAGAUAUAAUUGGAGGUGCUUUGCUGGGAUCUAUCAUUUCUGCUACGGUAUCACACAUAUUCGACAGAAUGGACAAUGAGGAAGCCUUAGACAUCAAAAGAAAAAUGAUUCCUGAACCUGUUGUGGUUGUAAAAGUAGAACAAUAAGUAUUAUCGCUCCUUGUCCACAGUGAAUUGUAUCUGUGUAAGUCCCUCUAUGCCUGAAAAAAUAAAAAUACAUACUUCAAAAAUAAAUUUCAAUGAUGCUUGAUUAUAUUAUUUAUUAUUAAUAUGUUGUAAUACAUUUUUAUACGAAU